CCGUCCAGAGCUUCCCAAGCUAAGGAAGUCAGGGACUAAGCAUAGUUUAACGCGUUUAGUGUACUCGCGACUAAACGUUCCGUCUCAUUGAUAUAAAAAGUGAGAGGCUGAGGCUUUGGCCACACCCACGUUAAAGACUUCAAUGGCUUGAGAGCCGCACCGCGCCCAGAGGACUUUAUCCGAGCACGUCUGUCAGAUCCACGCAGAGUCCAGAGAAAUCCAGCACACACACACACACACACUCACUCACACACACAGCAGGAUGUACGGACGCCCGCGGCUCGCUCUCUGCCUGCUCGCUUCGGUGCUGUUUCAGAGCGCCGCGUCUUGUGAGUUGAGGCCUGUGCUCGUUCAGGUUCCUACGAGGCUGCCCGCCGGUUAUGUCAUCUCUGAAAGCAAAGAAAAAUUGAGUCUUAAAGGCUGUGCUGCCAAACCCGUGGCCUUUACUUCCAGUGACCCUGACUUCGCUGUAAAUACAGAUGGAGCCAUUAUCGCAGUUCACGGUUUGGAGAUUACAACAAAGCGGUUCUCUGUGCUGGUGCAGGAUGAGAAUGGAAUGGAUUGGAGGGUGGACAUAAUCCUGUCAUGUAAAGAUGAGGCAUCUCAGAAGUCUAGCAGUGCGACUCGCAAGCGCACCAAAAGAAGAUGGAGACCGCUGCCUUUUUCUUUAAUUGAGAACGACAAGCCUCCGUUCCCAAAAGAUUUGGAGAUGAUUGCAUCUGAUUCUUCAGUAAAUUACACAGUGUAUUAUGAAAUUAGUGGUCAGGGUGUUACUGCAGAUCCUGUGGGCCUAUUCAUUCUGAACAAGAACACCGGCAUGUUGAGUGUGACCAGAGCUGUAGACCGUGAGCAGUACCCACAAUUCAACUUUAUUGCACGUGUGUUUGACAUGAAUGGCAGAGAAAGAGAUGAAAAUCUGCCCAUCACUGUGAACGUGGAGGAUAAGAAUGACAAUGCCCCUGAAUUCAUAGGAAGCCGAUUCUUCACUGUUGAAGAACGGUGCAGGGCAGGUACCGUAGUAGGAAAAGUAAAUGCCACAGAUAAAGAUCAGCCAAACACACUCCACACCAAGAUCAAGUUUACAUUGCUCAAUGCUACUGACAUGUUCCACAUCGAUUCUUCUUCUGGUGUAAUAACUGCUAAAACCAAUACCUUAGACAGAGAGGCUCAGGACAAAGUCUAUGUCGAAGUAGAGAUCAGAGAUAUGGAUGGUGCCUCUACUGGGCUCUUCAGCAGAGGAACAGUUGUGAUUACCCUCACGGACGUUAAUGAUAACCCUCCUACAUUUAAAGAGAAGCUGUACAAGGCCAAUGUUAAGGAGAACCAAGACAAUGUGCUAGUUACUAGGAUCCCAGUGGAAGAUAAGGACCUGGUGAACACCCCUAACUGGAGGGCCGUGUUUGAAGUCACCAAAGGAAACGAGAGUGGGAACUUCAGGAUGGAGACGGACCCCAAAACCAAUGAGGGGCUUCUGUAUGUGAUAAAGGGAUUGGAUUUUGAAAAAACUCCAUUGGUGAAUCUGGAAAUAACUGCCCGUAAUGAGGUUCCACUGGUUGGGCCUGACAAUAAAUGGCUCUCUGUGCCGCUCGAGAUCAGUGUGGGAAAUGAAGACGAAGGACCAGAGUUCAACCCUGCCAUUCUUUAUCUCAAAGUCAAGGAGAAUGUUGCCAAUGGAACCGUCAUUGGAACCUAUAAAGCUCUGGACCCAGAAAAUAAGAACAGUGAUGGAAUAAAGUACUAUAAGUUGACUGACCCAGGCAACUGGAUCACUGUGGUGGAGAACACUGGAGAACUGAAAACGGCUAAUACUAUAGACCGAGAAUCACCUUUGGUCCACAAGGACAUGUACAACAUAACCAUCAGAGCAGUGGAUCAGAGUAAGAAGACUGGAAAGGGAAUGGUUAUAAUCCAGAUCGAAGACGUGAAUGAUAACAUGCCCAUUAUUACGAGCAAAGACCUGAUCAUGUGCAGCAAGAGCGAUACGCUGAGCUCUGUUCUGGUUGAAGCCGUGGACAUGGACAAGCCACCUUACUCUACUCCCUUCAUUUUCGAACUUGGAGCAAAUCAUGAUGGGAACUGGAAACUAAAGGAUACUACAGAUUCCUCUGUGGUGCUGGAACAAGCCGUGGCCAUGCCCAACGGUCUCUACAGCGUUCCUCUCUUGGUGAAGGAUCUGCAGGGAUUCGGGGAAGAGCAGACUGUGACUGUGCGCGUGUGCACCUGUGAGAGAGAAGACAAUGGGUUGGGAGUAUGUGGGGCUCGGAGCGCCUCUUCCUCUUUGGGCAGUUUAGGAAUCCUUGCCUUAGUUCUCUCUGGCCUGCUGCUGCUACUUUUAAGUCUGUUGCUCAUCUUCAUAUGCAGUACUAAGAGAGACAAGCUUUACAUCAGUGAUGACACAGGAACAGGCGGAAUGCUGCUGAAGUCCAACACUGAAGCUCCUGGGGAAGAAGUGAAAGAUGGAACGUUGAUGAUAAUUCCCGGGGGAGAGGUGGUGGACGGGUCACUACAGAGCGGCCUCAUGGAGAGUAAGAAUGUGACUUCAUCUUCGGGGCGCUACGGGCAGUCGUUUUUCCAGGGAGGAGGAGUGUACAACAGCACCACUCAAGAAUUUGGGACAGAGAAGUACUACUCAUCCGGGCGCUAUGAUAACAACAUGUACGGCAACGCCGCGAUACAGAAAUUCUCCAAUACAAGCGCUCUGGACACAUGGAAAACCAACGGGCGCUACCUGGACAGAAAACUGACUUACUUCGGAGACGAGGAGGAGGGGCGGUACGCGGACGACCUGCUGAAGACUUACGGGCAUGAGGGGAUGGGGUCUCCUGCGGGCUCUGUGGGAUGCUGCAGCAUCGUGGGUGAACAGGAAUCACUGGACUUUUUGAACACUCUCGGCCCCAAAUUCAGACCACUGGCUGACGUCUGCUACACCACAAAUCGAACCGGAAACUGAAUCGAGACGUGACUGAGAUGAGAGAGUACUGUAUGCUGUUUUCCAGGGGAUCUUCAAAGCACACUGCAAAAAACCCCCCAAAAAACAUGUCCCUAAUCGGUAUUUUUGCCUCAUUUUCCAGUAAAAAUACGUCCUUAAAACUGGAUGAAUUUAUUAAGAAGCAAAAUUAUGUAAUUUGUAAUUUUUAUAAAUAUCACUGGUGUGCAUCUUAAGACAAAACAAAGGCACUGAGAUGUUUUAAGAUCAGUCAGUGCAAGUUUCUUUCAGCUAAAACAGCUCAGAUUUAC